AUGACUGACACCAAAGACGCAAUGCAUAUUGCCAUCAUGGGCGCUGGCAUGGGCGGAUUGGGAGCUGCCCUUGCUCUAGCCAAACGAGGCUUCAAACACAUCGAUGUGUACGAAGCAGCUAGUACUCUCGGAUUUGUUGGAGCUGGCAUCCAAAUGGCGCCCAACAUGGGGAGAAUCCUCGAUAGGCUGGGGUGUUGGGAGGAUAUUGAAAGGGAGUCGACUUGUGUAGCUGGGAGUAGCAUCCGACAGGGAGCAACUAAUGAGGAGCUUGCCCACGUUGACAUGCCAGAUCUGAAGGGCAAAUAUGGCUACUCGCAUCUUUGUGGCCAUAGAUCUUCCCUAGCCGGUCACUUAUACGAGGCGUGCAAGAAAGAGGGUACCAUCAACUUUCACUUCGCGACAAGCUUGGUAGAGAUUGAAUCCUUCUCGCCCAGGGUGUCUUUCAAACUCCAACCCAGAGAAGGCGAGCCUUUCACACGUCAAGCUGAUAUUCUCCUCGGCGCUGACGGCAUUAAGAGUGUGACCCGCUCUCAGCUGCUACAGCAAGUAGGCGCCGAGCCUGAAGAGGCCGAAACUGGUCAAGCUGCUUAUCGCAUCAUGAUCAAGCGCGAGGAUAUGGCUCAUGAUCCGGAACUGCUGGCCCUUGUUGAUAGCGAUGAGGUUGUGCGGUGGGUGGGAGAGAAGCGGCACAUCAUCGCAUACUCCAUUGCCAACAAGUCGGUCUACAACUUGUCGACUGUCCAGCCAGAUGAGAACUUUGCAACUGCCCCGUCUAUUACAUACACAACCAAGGGAUCGAAAAAGGUCAUGCUAGACGUAUUCGAGUCCUUUUGCCCACUCGUACAGAAGAUGCUCAACCUAGUCCCUGAAGGUGAAGUCUGCGAGUGGCGCUUAAGGAUGUAUAAGCCGCUGCCUACAUGGACGCAAGGAUCUGUGGCUUUGGUAGGAGAUGCUUGCCACCCAACACUACCCCAUCUCAGCCAAGGAGCAGCGAUGGCCAUUGAGGACGGUUCGACCAUCGCCGAGGUGUUAUCCCUUGCCCCCGAUACCCGGCCUGAGACUAUCGCCAAGUGCCUCAAGGUGUACGAACUGUCUCGAAAAGAGUGGACGUCGAAUCUCGUUGAAAUGGCGUAUCUGUCCGGUCGGACAUUGCAUCUGGGCGAAGGGAAAGCGAAAGAGGAGAGAGACAGGAUGUUCAAGGAGCACAAAAACAGCGGCUCAGUUCCAGAUAAGUGGACGUCUCCUGAUGUACAAAAGAUGAUUUACUCGAACGACUGUGUCGCAAAGGUCAGGUCCGAGUUUGAGACACUCUUUGCCGCGACGUAA